AUGUCGCGCAAGCAAGUUGACCAGCGUAUCCAGACGCUCAUCCGCAAUGGCCUUCAGGAGAAGAAAAGAAGCUUCUUCGUCGUCGUGGGCGACCGUUCCAAGGAUGUGAUUGUGCACCUGCAUUACAUCAUGUCCAGCAUGGACAUCAAGCAGAACAAGUCGGUCCUGUGGGCGUACAAGAACAAGCUGCUAGGCUUUACGAGUCACCGGAAGAAGCGCGAGCAAAAGAUCAAGAAGGAGAUCAAGAGAGGAAUCCGGGAAGCCAACUCGGAAGACCCCUUCGAGCUCUUCGUCUCGCUGCACAACAUUCGUUACACCUACUACAAGGAGACGGACAAGAUCCUGGGAAACACGUUCGGCAUGUGCGUCCUUCAAGAUUUCGAAGCCCUCACGCCGAACAUUCUGGCCCGGACGAUCGAGACGGUCGAGGGCGGCGGCCUGGUGGUGAUGCUGCUGAAGGGCAUGAGCAGCUUGCGACAGCUCUACAACCUCUCGAUGGACGUGCAUUCGAGGUACCGGACCGAGGCGCACGACGACGUCGUUGCGAGAUUCAACGAGCGUUUCCUGCUCUCCCUCGGCCGCUGCGAGUCGUGUCUGGUCAUAGAUGACGAGCUCAACGUGCUGCCCAUCUCGGGAGGCAAGGACGUCGUGGCGCUGCCUCCGCCCGACCUGGACCAGGACCAGUCCAAGACGGGUGAGCAGCUGGAGCUGGCCAACAUCAAGGACGAACACCGGGGCCAGGAACCGGUCGGCUCGCUCAUCUCCUUGGCGAAGACGGCGGAUCAGGCCAAGGCGCUCCUCACCUUCACGGCGACGAUUGCGGAGAAGACGCUGAGGAGCACGGUGGCGUUGACGGCCGCUCGCGGUCGCGGCAAGUCUGCGGCCAUGGGCGUCGCGGUCGCGGCCGCGGUCGCGUACGGGUACAGCAACAUCUUCAUCACGUCACCUUCGCCGGAAAAUCUAAAGACCCUCUUCGAGUUCAUCUUCAAGGGCUUCGACGCUCUGGGAUACGCCGACCACGCCGACUACUCCAUCAUCCAGAGCACGAACCCGGACUUCAACAAGGCCAUCGUGAGGGUCAACAUCCACAGGCAACACCGACAGACGAUCCAGUACAUCCGACCGCAGGACGCUCACGUGCUGGGCCAGGCAGAGCUCGUCGUCAUCGACGAGGCCGCGGCGAUCCCGCUGCCGCUCGUCCAAAAGCUCCUGGGCCCGUACCUCGUCUUCAUGGCCUCGACCAUCAACGGCUACGAAGGCACGGGCCGCUCCCUGUCGCUCAAGCUCGUGAAGCAGCUUCGGGAACAGUCUCGGUCGGCGGCGACGGACGGCGAGACGGAGCUCGCCGACCGAUCGACGGGCCGGGCGGCGAAGAGCGAGGAGUUCCAGGCGGCGCGCAAGCUUCGAGAGAUCACGCUCGCGGAACCGAUCCGGUACGGCAAAGGGGACGCCAUCGAGAAGUGGCUCAAUAAGCUCCUCUGCCUCGACGCGACGCUGCCGAAGACGAAGUCGAGCAUCCGCGGGUGCCCGGACCCGUCGCAGUGCGAGCUCGUGGCCGUCAACCGCGACACGCUCUUCUCCUUCCACCCCGUGUCUGAGGCCUUCCUGCAGCAGAUGGUGGCGCUCUACGUGGCGAGCCACUACAAGAACUCGCCCGACGACCUGCAGCUCAUGAGCGACGCGCCCGCGCACGAGCUCUUCGUGCUCGUGCCGCCCAACGUCGAGGGCAGCGGCAGGCUGCCGGAGCCGCUGUGCGUCAUCCAGGUGGCGCUCGAGGGCAAGAUCAGCCGGCAGAGCGUGCUCAACAGCCUCAGCCGGGGCCAGCGGCCGCACGGCGACCUCAUCCCGUGGCUCGUCAGCCAGCAGUUCCAGGACGAGGACUUUGCCUCGCUCUCGGGCGCGCGCGUGGUGCGCAUCGCGACGAGCCCCGAGUACGCGUCGAUGGGCUACGGCACGAAGGCGCUGCAGCUGCUCGUCGACUACUACGAGGGCCGGUUCGCGAGCCUGUCGGAGGACGACGACGAGCCGGCGACGGCGGGCGGGAUGGAUCGGCCGACUGACGCCGAGCUGGCCAAGGGGUCGUCGCUGCUGGACGAGGUCAUCAAGGUCAGGGACCAGGCGAGCAUGCCGCCCCUCUUCGCGAAGCUCGGCGAGAAGCGACCGGAGAGGCUCGACUACAUGGGCGUCAGCUUCGGGCUGACGCCGGCGCUGCACCGCUUCUGGAAGCGGUCGCAGUUCUCGCCCGUGUAUCUGCGGCAGACGGCCAGCGACCUGACGGGCGAGCACACGUGCGUGAUGCUGCGGCCGCUGGAGAACAGCGAGGACCGGAGCUGGCUCGGCGCCUUCUCGCGGGACUUCCACAAGCGGUUCCUCUCGCUGCUGUCGUACCGCUUCCGAGACUUUCCGGCCAUCACGGCGCUGAGCAUCGACGAGUCGGCCAACGCGGGCGCGAAGCUCGACGCGCUCGAGGUCGCGCCGCUCGGCAAGGCCGACCUCGACCGGAGCCUGUCGCCGUUCGACCUCAAGCGGCUCGAGUCGUACGCGAACAACAUGCUGGACUACCACGUCAUCCUCGAUAUGCUGCCGACCAUCGCGACCAUGUACUUUGGCGGCCGGCUCAAGGGGGCCGUCCAGCUGUCGGGGGUCCAGCAGAGCAUCCUGCUGGCCAUGGGGCUGCAGCGCAAGGACGUGGACGCGGUGGUGCAGGAGCUGCAGCUGCCGUCGACGCAGCUGCUGGCCAUGUUCAUCAAGAUCCUGCGCAAGUUCACGUCGCACUUUGGCUCGCUCGUGUCGGCCGCGAUGGAUGCCGAGAUGCCGAAGCCGUCGGGGCUCGGGGUGACGAGGGAGCACGCGAGCGGGGCGCACGACGACGAGGUGGUGGACGAGCGCUUCGCGCCGCUCGAGGUGUCCCUCGAGGACGAGCUGGAGGAGGGUGGCGACGCGGCGCUCGAGGCGCUGCGGCAGAAGCAGAGAGAGCUCAUCGACUCCCUGCCCCUCGACCAGUUCGAGAUUGAAGGUGACGCACCGGCGUGGGAGGAGGCGGAGAAGCAGAUCAAGGGCGCGACGCGAGACGGCAAAGCCAAGCCGGUCGUGAGCGUCAAGUCGAGCAAGCAGAAGCGCAAGGCGGGGCCGACGGCGGCCGAGGUGUACGAGGAAGCGCUCGGCGAAAAGUCUCGGAAGAGGGCGAAGAAGGGGAAGAAGGGGGGGGCUCGCGAUUGA